UAGAGAGAAAGAAAACUGAAAUUUGCAUUUCAUUGGAAAAGGAAUUAGCCUUCCCUUCAUAAACAGAGAGAGAGAAACAAAACACCGAAUCGAAGGAAAGAGAGAGAGAGAGAGAGUGAGAGGAGAAGCAAGAAGAUUAUGUAAUGCAUCAAAAGAAAUCCGAAGCCCAGAUCGGAAAAGAAAGCACCGGCGUCUCUUCCGAUUUCAAUCCCAACCAAAUCCAAACCCUCUCUCUCCAAUCACUCACCUACAAGCGCCCUCUGCUCAAAUCCCCAACGCUCUACAAAUUCCCAACCCCACCGCCACCGCCUCCGCCGCCGCCGCCGCGCUCCUCCGCCGUCAAUCGCAUCCUCUCCCACCGCCGCCGCCGCCUCAUCCUCCUCCUCGCUCUCCCCUUCCUCUACUUCCUCGUCUCGCACCCGACCAGCUCCCUCCUGCUCGACCUCCCGUCGGCCUUCCUCUUCUCCGCCGCGCUCCUGCUCUCGCUUAACCUCCGCCUGCCCUCGCUGCGCCUCCUCCUCACGCUCAAGCCCGCCGCGCGGCCCAAGCUCCGCCUGCCCGUGUUCCGGGCCGGCCCGUCCCGGCCCGCGGGGCUCUCGGUGGCGGCGUACGCGAACGGGGACGUGUACGAGGGGGAGGUGAAGGGGGGGAAGUGCUCCGGGAGUGGGGUGUACUACUACAGCAUGAGUGGGAGGUACGAGGGGGAGUGGGCCGAGGGGAAGUACGAUGGGCUUGGCGUGGAGACGUGGGCCCGCGGGAGCAGGUACCGCGGGCAGUACCGGCUUGGGCUCAGGCAUGGGUUUGGUGUGUAUAGGUUCUACACUGGGGAUGUUUAUGCUGGGGAAUGGGCCAGUGGGCAGAGCCAUGGCUGUGGGGUGCACACGUGCGAGGAUGGGAGUAGGUACGUGGGGGAGUUCAAGUGGGGCGUUAAGCAUGGCCUUGGACACUACCAUUUUAGUUUACAAGGGAAAGAGGUAUCUGCCCCCAAGGAUAGACUCAGUUUCAAAGAAACGGGGAUACAUAUGCUGGUGAAUACUUUGCGGAUAAAAUGCAUGGUUUUGGGGUAUAUAGUUUUGCAAAUGGCCAUUGUUAUGAAGGAUCCUGGCAUGAAGGCAAAAGGCAAGGUCUUGGAAUGUAUACAUUUAGAAAUGGAGAAACCCAGUCUGGUCACUGGCAAAAUGGAGUCCUUGACAUUCCGAGCACACAGAGCACUACCUAUCCUGUUUCUCCUGUUGGCGUCAAUCAUUCCAGAGUACUUAAUGCAGUGCAGGAAGCAAGAAGAGCAGCUGAGAAGGCCUAUGAUGUGGCCAAGGUAGAUGAAAGGGUGAAUAGAGCAGUAGCAGCCGCUAACAGAGCAGCCAAUGCAGCUAGAGUAGCUGCUCUCAAGGCUGUGCAAAACCAAAUGCAUCAUAAUGUUAACAGCAAGAGCAUCCCGAUUCCCAUUGUGUGAGGCUAUCAGCUGCAACUUUUUGUUAUGGUAGAGAGAUACAAGAUUGUCGGAAGAGGUUGGUAGUUUAAACUGCUUCAUUUACACUGCCAUCAUCACCACAGGCUGAAAAGCAAGCAGAUUUAUUAUCCAUCUGCAAUAAUAAGACAUGUAUAGAGAAAGGGUGGUGGCUUCCACAUGGUAAAAAACUACAUAUACAUAUAUAUUUUUCGUUUUGCCUACAUUUUGUAAAUUUAUGUAGAUGUGAAUGCUGGUGUGCGGGUGAAACCUCAAACCCAGCUACUGUUGUAAGAUCGCUUGGUAAAAUAAGGAGAGGAACAUCUAGCAUAAAAUGCUCUAUUUUCGCAACUUGAUAAUUUUUGCUUCGGAAUGAGAUUUUUUUUGUUACCUGUUAA